AUGACUUCUCCUAUCGUUCCCCUCCAUCAUUCCGCAUCCUCUCCCCCAAAAUCAAUCAUACCCGCCGGCGGGGUCCCAGUUAUGCAAUUCCAAGUUGGCGGGAAUGUCACCCAAUCUACUCACUACCAUAACGGCCCCAGCGGAAUUGACCUCCUGCGACAGCAUAUUGUCCGAGAUGCCAUCCAUUCUGCCUACCAGCUCUCUUCUACGUUGGUUUGCCUCCCGGGAACCCGAACAGCCGCAUUGAAUGGCUUGAUGGAAUGGGCGCACAACGAGGACGACGCAGAACUCUCUAUUCUUUGGUUGACUGGCCCCGCUGGAGCGGGCAAAUCGUCUGUUGCACGGACGUUCGCAGAGCAAUGCAGCAAUGCAGGGCUGCUCGGCGGAUCUUAUUUCUUUUCUGGGAAGGACAGCACUCGCGCAGCGUCUCUAGGUCUCUUCCCCACACUUGCAUAUCAGCUGGCAACCGUCUGGAAUGCCUAUUCGGUUGCUCUGGAUGAUGUUCUCCGUGAAGACAGCCUUAUUUGCGACUGUGCACCCGGCCACCAGUUCCAACGACUCUUUCUCGAUAUUAUCCUAUCGCUUCCUCCACCAGCCCGCAAUCCAAUCUUGGUGAUAGACGGGCUUGACAAAUGUGAAACAAGUCGCGUGCAGACUGAUCUUCUCGCGCUUCUCUGGCGUUCCAUAGCCGACGGAGGACUGCCUCUGCGGCUAUUCCUCUCUAGCAGUAAUGAUGCACAUCUUGCCCGCAUCCUCGACAGCCCACUCGCCCACAACAUCGUCGAUAUCAUGACACUGGGAGCUGAGGCAGAGUCUUACGGCGACAUCCACCGCUACCUAAGCUAUUCUUUCAAUAGAAUAAGGGGUCAGCUAAUCGCAGGGGGUCUCCCGCUCGAGGAGGAGUGGAUCUCCGAAACAACACUAGAGCAGCUUGUCGACAAGUCAUCGGGCAUGUUCAUCCAUGCUGCAGCCAUCGUCCGCUUUUUGGAUGAUGAAUUUUCACAUCCAAGUGACCGCAUCGAAGCUGUAUUGGCCCUGGACCCACAGAGCACAGGAACUAUUGAUCAACUCUAUACGCAGAUUCUGUGUACACUGCCCAGUGAUGCCGACAUCAUUGUUCCGAAUCUUCUCUUCAUCCUUCUGCACCCAAAAUACCAGGUUGGACUGCAGCCUGAAGAUGUCGACUGUAUCCUUGGCCUCAGAACAGGCCGAACACGGCUACUCUUACGUGCAGUGAGCUCAUUGCUCGACGUUCCUGAGCUCCACAAUCCUCCUGUGGUUGACAAAUAUGUCGAACCUUUUCACACCUCCUUCCUUGACUUCCUCUCAGAUCGUCGCCGAUGUGGGCGGGACAUAUGGUGGCUCUCAUUUCCCCCAACGGCACACAAUGUUGCUGUGGCAAUGAUCAAAUUCCUUGGUGCAGCACAGGGCACACAACAUAUUCUGUUGCGAAGGACAAUUUCUGCUUCCCUGGCCUCCCUCCUAUCAGAUUUAGAGCCAGAUGACAAGAUUAUUGCCUCACUCAGCAACAUCAAUAUUGAACAAUCUCUUGCUGUCUACCCCUUUGCAACUAGAUCCACAGCUGAGCAAAAUCAACCCAAUAAUCACCAAACUCUCUGGAAAGCACCAUUCUCCAUUUUCUGGCCACAGUUCAGCAGGUACCCUGCCUCCAUCCUUCAAACUUGGGACAACCAACUUUGGACUGCUUCACUAAGUCGUGCUCUGUUAGCACGCCGACUGCCCCUUGCCCAGAGUCCAAACACUUCAUCCACUUGGGUCUGCCAGUAUGAUAAUGCUUACUCCACAAUCUUUCACAGGCAUCCAGAUACAUUAUUCUUCCUCCGGCUGCUUUCCCACUGUAUACAGUUCCUCAAACAGUACCUUCCUUCUCCAGAAGAAUGCUGGGGCUUCCUUGGCAUUACACAUAGCUGUCUUCUGCCAUUCAAGGAAAUCUAUUCCAAUGGCAUAAUUCCUAACAUGGAUGAAGCAAUAUCCCCAAUUAACUUCCUUGUGGAUGCAGCACGCUCUGGUGAUUUGUAUCUGCCUCCUGAACAGUUUGCAGCAGAAGUUAUGACAGCAUGGGCAAAGGCACUAGGUGAAGGCCGUGAUUUGAGUUUGGAUAUGCUGCACUGGGUUCAGUAUGUGGUGUUUACUUUGGGGCACUUGUUCUGA